UCGGCCCCCUCCACCCCACAGGCCCACACUGUCUGUAUUUACGCCCCUGCCAGCCAAAUUCAGGUUAUGACAAAGCCAAAGAUGUGGGAUAAUUUAUCAAAAAGCAAUACACAAAAUAAAGUGUACUCCCCACAUUAAUAUUUAAAAUAGUGAGGAUUCAAACAAUAACAUACAUGAAACAAAAAAAGAAAAAGAUUUGAAUAUGGCGUAGUAGGGGGAGUACCCAGCAGCAUCUCCCCUCCCUUUGAGUCCAGCAGGAAGUUUCACUUCUUCAGUUGGGACUUUGGUUGAGAGGCGGCGGGCGGUUGAACCGACGACCAGCCGGCAGAGAUGACUUAAACAGCGGAUGUCAGAGCAGUUUCCUCCCGUUCUUUAGGUUUUAAUACAAGAAGAAGUCAAAAUGCUCCUAAGGGAAAUAUUCUUUUACACCAGCUGCGAGUUAGACAAGAUGUGUCCGUGAAGGCAUCAUGGCAAACGUUAAAGUUGCCAUUCGAGUGCGUCCUCUCAACGCAAGGGAGAGCGCAGAUGGAGGAAGGCUCGCGGUUCAGGUGGAGGACAAGCUUGUGAGGAUCAGGAAUGUAAAGCUGGACGGACGUACAGAUGGUGCUGUGGAUUCGAGGGAGAAGCUCCUGGAGUUUUGUUUUGACUACUGCUACUGGUCGGUGGAUGCCGCAGAGCCUCACUAUGCCUCGCAGGAGGAGGUGUUCCAGGACCUGGGUGUGUCGGUGCUGUCCGGAGCCUCUGAGGGCUACAAUGUGUGUCUGUUUGCUUACGGCCAAACGGGAUCUGGGAAGACAUACACCAUGAUGGGGACACCGGACUCCAUUGGCUUGACCCCUCGGAUCUGUCAGGGUCUCUUUAGGUCUGAAGACACUCUUCCUGAUGGGCAAAACUCAAGCAGAGUGGAGAUCAGCUUCCUUGAGAUCUAUAACGAGCGUGUGCGAGACCUGCUGAGAGGAGGAGAGCAGAAGAAGAGAACCUCUCUGAGAGUUAGAGAACACCCUGAGAAAGGACCCUAUGUACAAGACCUGUCACAGCACCUGGUCUCAGACUGCAAGCAGGCCAUGGACCUUUUGGAGGAAGGCAUCGCUAACCGAAUGACUGCAGCAACCCACAACCAUGAUGCCAGCAGCAGAUCCCACGCCAUCUUCACCAUCCAGUACACACAGGCGAUCCUAGAAAACAACCUUCCCUCUGAAACUGUCAGCAAGAUUAACCUGGUGGACUUGGCUGGGAGUGAGCGAGCAGACCCCCACUACUGCAGGGACAGACUGACAGAGGGCUCUAACAUCAACAAGUCGCUGGUCACUUUGGGCAUCGUCAUUUCUGCUCUUGCCCAGAACUCCCAGAUGUCCAGCAGCUGUCAGAGUAUCAACAGCAUGGCCUCUGAGGGCGAUGGCAGCACGGUUGGAAGCCACAGCAGCUCCCUGUCUGGAGGAGGAGGAGGUGGGAGGAGGCACUGCUUCAUCCCCUACAGAGACUCAGUCCUAACCUGGCUGCUGAAAGACAGCCUGGGAGGCAACUCAAAAACCAUCAUGAUUGCAACAAUCUCACCUUCCGCCAGCAGUUACAACGAGACCCUCAGCACCCUGCGCUACGCAGCUCAUGCCAGAAAUAUUGUCAACAAGCCUCGGGUUAAUGAGGAUGCCAGUGUUCGGCUGAUCAGGGAACUGAGAGAGGAGAUUGACAGGCUGAAGAGCAUGCUGCUCAGCUUUGAAAUGCAGCGUAAUCCCAGUCCAUCCCUGAGCGAUGAGUGGGAUGGAAAUCUCUCUGACAUCGUGCUACAGAACGAACUGAAGGUGGAGCAGCUGACAAAGGACUGGUCGGAGAGCUGGAGAGACAAGAAGGAGCUGCUGGAGCAGUACAGCGUGGACAUCAACCGAGACCAGGCUGGAUUUCUCAUCAACUCGCUCCAGCCACACCUGGUUACUUUGGAUGGUGAUGUCCUCAGCACCGGGGUCGUCUUCUAUCACCUCAGGCAAGGAGUUACCCGCAUUGGACCUCAGGAGGAGUUUGAAGACCCACAUAUAGUUCUGCAGGGCAGUGCCAGCUGUGAGAUUGAAAACCAUGGAGGUGUGGUAACACUCAGGCCACUGCCGGGCUGCGUCUGCCUGCUCAACGACAGAGAGGUCACCGAGCCCUGCAGACUGGCUCAAGGGACGGUGAUCACCCUGGGAGGAGUGCAUAAGUUCCGCUUCAACCACCCAGCAGAGGCUGCCGUCCUCCGGGAGCGCAGACGGGCCAGUGAAGGUGGCAUGACCUGCACAUACAUUGACCUUUGUCCCAUGACUCCUGACCUCAGUGUCGAAGAAGUGAAGCUCCAAGGCCAGCUGGGUGCCUCUCUUUCCCCCAGUGAGGAGCCUACUGCUAGGCAGCGCGUGGAGGAGCAGCAGCGCUACGUGGAAAGUUUGCGACAGGAGAUUCAGGCUGAACAGAGGCGAGCUGAGAGAGAGCUGGAGAGGGAGCAGGCCCACCUCCGACAGCAACACAAUGACAUCCAGCAGUGGAUUUUCCAGGAGAAACAGCGCCUUACAACUGUAGAGCAAAGAAUCACCCAAGAGUCCGGAGUGCAAACUGACCUUAUCCCUGCACCCCUCCUGGAGCGAGUGGCAAGUCAGGCAUCUGAAACCCAGGAAGGUCAGACAGUGGAUUGUCCGUCGCAGGUGGCAAGGGCUAGGAAGAAGGCGGUACAGGAGGAACUUCUAAAGCAUCACGCCCUUUGCCGUGCCGAGAGCCGCAUCCGUCGGAAAAAGUUGCACUACCAGUUGGAGAGAAUCGCCCGCAAGCGGCAUCUGUUGGAAGCUAAGAGGGAAUUGCAGCAGCUGGAAAGCGCCUUGCCUCCAGCACCAGACAGCCCCGAGUCUCCUGAGCUGGGGUCCCCUACGAAACUCAGAGGAAGACCAUUUGUUUCUCGUAGACACUCUUUCUCUGCAGAUAUUCUGUCCCGGCUCUACCCACAGAACACCCCGAUCUUCAGGCACUUCCUCAAGAGAAACAGAUCCAUAGAGCUGACGUCAAAUUCCUCCACAACCUCUGAUUCCAUCGACAGCAGGAAGUGGGUUUCGGAUGAGUGUCUUCCUCGGCAAAGAACCCAGAGUUGUUCUGGUACGUUCUUCUCAGGACAAAGCCAAGCCAGCCGGAGCAGAGUAAGCUCCUCUGAAAACAUCAGACAAACUGCCAAAGAGGAGCCCCAAGCUCAGCCCUGUCGGGAACGACCAGAAAGAAAACCUCUGCUGCCAAACAGAAACCUGUCUUUUAAGAACAGAUCGGAUCAGAGCUCAGCAGUUACUCUGAAGUCACCACUUGGAACGGCUUUGCAGCCAAACAGCAAAGAAAAUAUACAAGGACCCACCACAUGCAAACCGAGUAACCAGAUUGUCCCUUGCAUGAAUGCGAUAACUCAACCUCAUGCAGGUAGCAACGGACUGGAAACCAUCAGGAAGACUUUCACUCAUUCUGUGGGGCCCAGAUUAAAAACAGCUCUCUCCAAAGUGUUCAGGAAGCCACCAUCAGGUGGAAAUGGAGGACGAAGCCCCAAACCUCUGGGGAAGAUAGCUAGCAAAUUUCACUGGAGACAAAGAAGAGACAGGAGCCUUAAAGAAACCAAGAUGAGCCGAAGCAAUUGUACUGUUAAAGCAGCUGCCUCAUGUGAGGAGCUUGACCAAAGGACACUGUUUGAGGAUGUUAGACAGAGGCGGUGGCAUAGCACAGAGGCUCUGAUGAACAAGACCAGCAGAUGGGUCGAGAGACAGCAGGGAUUGACGGAAUGGGAGGAAGAGCAAGAAGACCGAGAUGAAGGAACGUCAGACUGUGAGAGCCUUUUCUCUCUGGAUUCGCUGUCCUCUGCUUAUAUGACAGCACUAGCAGAGCAGCUGAAACAGGAAGAAGCAGCUCAGAGUGAAGCAGAGAGCGAAGACAGUCAGAUGUCUAAAGAUUCAUUGACUGUGGGGAGCAGUGAGAAAUAUUCAACAGUGGAGAAGCUGAGCCAGAGAGUGGUGCCAACUUACACAUCAGUGACAGAUUGCUUCCAUCCGUCCAUGCGGCACAAUAGAACAGCAGACACAAGUUUAGACUUGGACAGCCAGCAGAAACCUCAGGUAAUCCCAGCAGAGGCGUACUGGAGUCAGCAGGGCUCCCCAAAAUCAAGACAUAGUGGUGCAGCAAGGAAGCCUCUUUCCCACAACCCGUUAGUAGCAGAUUCCAGAGGCACAGACAUUGUGCACAAAAUGAUUGAGGACUUUGGGAACAUGCAGACCACUUCGGCCAGCAGCCCACGCUCCCUGAGCAGCUGCAGUGUGAGGGAGCCAGAGAACAUGCUGGCUCUCACAGAUGCCUGGUCCUCCACCGAUGCAGCAGACAGUCCCAGAGUUCACAGGGAUUCUUUGCCUUUCCAGAGAAAAAUGAUGUUCAGAGGUGUAGAGAGCAGCAGCAGUCCCAGUCCAACCAGUAUGAACCUCUCAGACUUUCAGAGUGGAUCUACAAGCUGUAGUUCAACAUCCACCAGUACUGAGGGUGUGAGUGUUACAGUGGAGGGCCACAGUGUGGAAAUUUCAAGUGUCACAUCAGAAAGAGUGGAUUUUCAAGACUCUCCGAUUCUAACAACACCAAACGAAGCCCUGAAGGAUGUAGGAUGUUGGGUAGAGCAAUCGGAGGGACAAGUAGAAAAUGUGGCGAAGACAGUUGGAGAUAUUCCAGAAUUCAGGAGCAUCAAAAGUCAAGCAUCCUUACUGACCUUUGAUCAAACCGCUUCUGUGUCAUCCACUGAGAUUCACCUCACUAAACAAGCAUCACAAGUAAAGUUGCUUCCGGUGUUUGCAGAUGUGUCUCACACGAUUGCCACUGACGUUAAGAUGUCCUCUGACACUGAAAUGUGUGUGUCAGGUUGUCAAUCAGUAUUGAACAUGACGUCUGACCCAUCAUGUGCCUUCAAACUGUGCACGAAAGAUGUAGUACAAUGCAAUCUACAUGGUGCAACAGAUACGUUGAAAAAUGUACAGCAACAUGAGCUUGGGAACACCGAAUAUGCCUCUUUCACAAGGGACAAAACAUUGGAUAAGGCUAAAACCAAAGGCGCUGAGCAGCACACUGCUCUACAGCAGGAGCUUGUUAAAUCAGCUUGUAAAAAUUCCAGGAAGCGGAACAAAGACCAACAGGAUGCUUUCAUCGGCAGCCUGAAAAUUCCUAAAAGGAGCAACAGCGGAGAGUUGGUAACUUUCUGCUCUGCAUCAGUUGGCAGCGAGGAAGAUAUUUGGCCAGGUGACAAUAAUGACGCCAGUGACUCAAAAGGGGAACAAUCUGCCGCGGAAGCUGAGAACCCCAGAUUUGAUUCUGUUUGUGUUGGUGGCAGCAUUAGACAAGACACAGUAGCGUCAGAGGCGUCGCCAGUUUCUGAUCCCGUGAGCAGGCAGCUUGGACAGAGUUGUGAGACCUCUGAGGUCUCUGAAUGUGGUUACAAUAGUUCUCAGAAUGGCACCUCUGCGGGGGAGAGCAAAGUAGUUGAAAAGAAAGAUGUAACAAUACAGGAAGUUGCUGCAGAAACAAAAGGGGGUGACUCACUAAUUGAUAACCCCAGAAAACAUCAAGAAAGUAGAAAACACAUGAGCAAGUCAGAUGCUAUUUGUAGCGCCAUUGACCUGAGAAUCUCAGAAGUGGUGAAAGAGCACAUGAGAUUGUCGCUGAUUGGCAGCAAUGGAGACCGAAAGAGCAGGAGUCAAAGCAUGAAUGCCUUGUCAUCCUCUGCGUGUCAUUUUGGCUGUAAUAGUGAUGAAAAUGGAUUGGUAGAUAGAGAGCUGAGAGAUAAAAUGAGCGAUCAGGUGAAAGAAAGAGUAACCUUUGAAGGUCACCUUUCAUUGGAAAGGACGACAAGUGAACAUGCAAUAGACAACAGUGUGCACUUGGCAUCUGAUAUGCCAGCUGAAUUGAGGACUAGCCAUGAGAGCAACAUGUUUAACUCUACUGAAGUAACUCAGAAGAUUGAACAUGCUCCUACCUUUUCUGAUCAUUGCCUUUUCCAAAACUCUUCUGCUAAAAACCACAACUUCCAAUUAAAUCUGACACUCAAUAGCAACGUAGAGUCUGAGCACUCUAGCAACCCCACUUUGCAACCAGUUAAAUCGUCCUUAUUGAGCAAUUCCUCCAUCGAUUCUCAUGGAAACGCUGUGGAGAAGGAUGCUUUGUGUCAAGAAAUGAAGGAUUCACCUAAACAGAAAGUAACAUCCCGUCUUAAUCCUUUGAUCAAACAUGCUUGCUUAAAUGAAGCGGACACCCAGAGCUGUUUUCCUGAACAUCACCAAAUAAUACCCCAUGAAACACCUCCCAGCAAGGGUGACGCAAUAGAAAAUUGUGGCUGUAAUCACGUAAAUGUCAGUAUGGAAACCACAUCCAGUGUGGAAGAUAAAGGCACUUACAAAUGGAACAUUCAGCAUUUCCAAAAUAGUCCUGACACAUCUGGAGCCAUAAAAUUAUUUCCUGAUGGAGGAAGCCUUCAAUUCAAAAUGCACGAAUGUCAAAGCAGCCAAUGCACGCCCACUCAUGAGAGUGCCUUGGUGAAAGGGUUUGCUGCUUCUCCUGGCUGUGAUGGAAAUUGUGAAACAAGACGCACAGCACAGGAUGACAUCACCUGUCCGCAGAAUCAUUCAAAUAACUUGGUGCAGACUUGUGUGAUCAAUAUGAAUUACCACAGUAAAUGCCAGAAUGUUUCAGAUUCACUUUGCAAAAUUGUUAAGGAUAAUCAAAUUGACAGUAAACGAGAUUGUGUAAUGAAAAACGACAAACAGACACUGACUCCAAAGAUCUUUGCAGAGGCAAAACGUGAAGCAAGUCUUUCUGGCUCUAUGCAGCCACAACAGAAAAUACCACAGGGCAGUGCCAUCAGAAAUACAUGUUGCUAUGGAUCUGUGGUGUCAAAACAGGUUCAAGUAAACACACCUGGUGAUAAACAGGAUAAUCCUGCUCUUGUGUCCAAAAAGGCAAAGUCUAAGAGGUUCAAAAGGUCCAAGAUUCAGACUCAUCCCACCUCUUCAUCUGAGUCGUCUCUUAAGUCAUCAGAUGAGGAUGAGGAGGAUGACGUAACCACCAGAGCGCAUCACACCCGGCUCUUAUCGAAAUGUGUAAAGCUUAGUGUGCAGAGUAAUGGCAAACAAGAAGUCAGACAGGCUGCAGAUAUUUCAACUACUGUGUCAGUGAGCAAAUCUAAAAUGAAGAAUUGUCCUGCUGGAGCCCUGGGUACAAGUGAGGUGAAAGUUAGUAGAGAUUAUGCCCUAAAAAGACACUCCUUGCCCCCUCAAACAAAGUCUCAAAGGACAAAUGCAGAAAAUAUCAGCCUGUAUGCAAAGAAAAGAGAACCACAGCAGGACUCAUCUAUGCAUUUUGCCUCCAGUGACAUCAACCCUUUUGUUCACCAGUGGCAAGACGAUGAAUCAAACCAACACUGUUAUAAUAAGAACCCUGCGUUCGGGAGUGCCGCUGACCUAUCCUGUAAAUCCCCACUUUUGAACAGCGCUGAGAAGCGUAUAACACGAUGCUGCAGCGUUGGUGAUGGCUUGAACGGGCAGAACUCGCCUUUCUAUUCCCAUCUGAGCACUUACGCCACCAACAAGGGGCUGUCCAGCACGCUUAGCAGCGUGGAAGAUUAUAAGGAACAAGGGGACAAAAGAUCUCAGCUCACGCCCUCUCAACAGGCAUCUGUUGAUAUUCACAAUCAUUUAGCCAAUCUGACUGUGACCGGCAGCUCUGCAAUUAAAGAUGCUCCUGGUGGUUUUUGUAACAACUCCAGUCAAGUGGAUGAAAUAAUGUUUGUGUACUCAUCUGAGCAAGAGUCCCAGGAAAGCGAAACGCACACCCAAAGGAGGAAGACAUGUGAGCAUGGCACUCAAACUGAGCGUGGCCUUCAGUCGGUAACUAUUGGUAACUGCAGCAGCGCUCCAAAGAGAAGAGAGCGGCACAAAAGGAGUAACACCGAUGUACCUGCAACACAGAGAGCCAAAGCGGACAUUAAAGAAUCUCCGACGUGGGCCAGCAUGGAAAGCAUGUCGGCUCACCUCUCAAAGCUGAUCGACAGCACCUCAGACUUACUUGGAGACGUCCAGGGAAUGAGAAUAGGCGAAGCCCUCAAGUCCAGUCCGAGGAGGAGUGUCAACAUGUCAAAUAUCAGCGUGUCUUACAGUGAGUCUCAUGACUGCAAACAGAGAGACUGCUCAACUCAGACAGCUGUAGACGUCGGCAUCCAGACAGAAAGAUCCUCAACACCAGCAGAGAGGGAAGUUCAUCAGAUACUCAAUGAGACGUCCAAAUCUCAUGAAGUCAAUGUCAUAGUCAAAGUGAUUGGCUCUGAGGUUGUCAGUGUGUCUCAAGACAAGAAUGGGCAAAAGAUGCAGAGCAUGCCUGACCUGAGUUUCAACACCUCUGCUGCAUCACAAAGGUCUGUCUUACAAUCAGAGAACCUAAAAACACCAAUAAAGACUGCAGGUGAAUGUCAAAGACGUGUCAGAUCUGCUUCCUCUAGAGGCUCAAAGCAGGUCACGCCUGAUGCACCGUGCCACAAAAGUGUUGCAAUAUCCGAAGUGUCCCGCAGAUCAUCGAAAAACGGCUACCAAGAGAAUCCUUCCAUAAGAAAUGACCCAUUACUUGCCUUAAAGAAACAAGCCACAUACACAGACCGUGCAUCGUCUCCAAUUCUGACUGUGGGAACAAGAUUACGCGGAAAGCAGAGAGGAAACCAAUCAAUGCUGAGUUUUCCGAAAUAUCAGAAUGUAAGUAAAGUCCAUAAUUCUGAGAAAGACAGCUUUACCUCUAGCAAACAAUCAGCAUGUACGACUGUUUCAGAGGGUGAUCAAACCCCAAGACACGACUGUGAUGUUUCCUCUUGUGCAUCAGAAUCUGUUUCACUUGAGAAGGUGAGUGAGAUGACUUGCUCAAGCCCUACAAGGUCUGAUGAGUACUCUAUAAGUUCAUCACUUUACAGAUAUACAGACACAGACAGGAGGAAUUCUACCUGCAAAGACUCCAAAUGGCAGGCGACCUCUCAGCAGUGGACGACUUCCACUUCAACAAAAGUCUUAACAAUGCAGAGCCAAAUCUCUCCCAUUUUAAGACAGACUGAUGUGCACAAACAGCAGGCAAACACUAGACAUGGAAAAGCAUCAAGCUACACACGACCUGCAGUUGAUUCAGUAGAUUUUUGCGUCGAUUCCUACAAUCCAUCCCCGGACAGCAACAGGACUGUUCAGCUUCAGGAGGACGACAUGGUGUCACUGGCACCCAGCGAGUGCAACACAGACAUCCUCGUGAACACUGAACCCGUCACCAGUGUGUCUCCGAGUCACAACCACCACAUAGCUCCAGAAGACCUGCCAUUGCACAACAAGUUCACCAACUGGUCGGGCAUCAACCUUCAACCGUCAAAAUGCUCCAACAAACCAGCCGCAUUUCCCACCAAAGACCACGACACCUGCAGAAACUGCGCUGAGUGGAGUGAGAUGGAGAGCUACGGCUCAAAUGUAGAAUCCAUGACGCAGAGCGACAGAAGGGCGAGAGAGAUCGAGAGGCUGCGGCAGGAGAGAGAGCAGGUGAUGGCGAUGGUCAGCCUCAAUAUGAACCCGACACCGCUGACUGUGGAACUGACAGAGGCCAAGCUGCACUACGGCCUCGGAGAGACAGAUACACUGUUGAAGAUGAUGUCCCCGAGGACCACAGAAGAGCUGGAGCCGUCAACCUCUGCAACCACCAAACAGCAGCUGUAUGAUAGACACCGCAGGAGUAUCGCUGGUUUGAGGCAGGAGAGAGAGGAACGUCUCCAGACUUACCGCAGAGCUCGUAGUCUGAGUCCCAGCAAACAUCCUCGCUCCGCUCCCCAAGAGGCUGUUUCCUCCUCCAAGGUGUCUGCCGCCAUGCCCAGUCGGCGCAACGAGUACCUACAACAGCUCCGCCAAGAGGUGAUAGACAGCACCAGAAUAUCAGACCCCGCACGAGGAGAAGGCCAGUGUCCAUCUGACAUCGAGCAGCUGUUGCGCGACUACAGCCGAGCCCGGGAGGAGGCCAGGACGGAGAUUGCGAAGGCGCGAGAACGACUGCGAGAAAGGACUGAGCAGGAGAAGAGGAGGCUUCAGCAGCAGGCCCUGUCUCAGGAAGCCAAGGAUGACCUGAGGCAUCGGACGAGAAUCAGUAAUAGCACCUUGUGCACUGGAUCCAGCCUGAGCCUUUCCUCUGGACCAACAUCUGGUUACAACAGCGGCAACACAGCUCAGCUACAGCACAGCAACAGCCCGGUUUUGACUGGACAGAUCACAGGUUUUCAGGAUGAAGGGCUGAAGGUCAGGACACGUCCCCCUAUAUGUGGUCCUCAAAGUGUGAAGACACAGAGAGUCUGGCUGUCUGCCCAUGAUGUCCGCCUUGACCCUCCUGUCAUUGGGUUUGAGCCCCUGAUGGCUUCAUCCCCAUCACCCUCAACCUGUACACGUCAACGCACCGCUUCCUUUGGCUCCUCCUCUUCCAUAUCAACAACCUACCAGGAUAUCACAUCUAGUCUCCUUGGCAGAGCUCUGGCUGAGGUGCGACUAGCUUCGUCUGGGGAUUUGAGCAAUCUGCUGAGGGGCAAGGCCACAGCAGGCUGGAGGUACCAGGGAGAUGAACGAGGUAUCCAGGCUUACUACAAGCCCUCCUCCAGCCCGUCUGUCCAUGGUUUCCUCGGGGCCGGGGAGCUGGACAGACCGCUGGACAGUCUGUGGAACAUAAUCUGCCAGCUGUCCAAGAGCCACAUGUAUAAUCAGUCAGUCCGUUCUGUCUGGACACGACCACUAGAUGACAGCACUCAGCUGGUUUACAUACUAACAGAUCCGUCCACCUGCCACCUCAGCCAGCCGCGGGACUUCUGCUGCAUCAGCACCGAGUCCAAACAGGGUGGCUUGUGCGUGCUGGCAAUGCAGUCUGUGUUCGAGGAGUCACUGCCCCGUCCCAGUGUGGAUGCCGUCCGAGGGGAGAUGAUGCCCAGCUGCUGGGUCCUGCAGCCAAUUAGACGCGGUGGACAAGAAGCCACCAGGGUCAUUUACCUGCUUCAGGUGGACCUUGGAACUCCGUCCUUCCCCCACCGACUGUUGGACACUGUCGCCAGAAGACAGGCAGCAGUCAUCGCUGAUCUUGAUGUCUUCCUCUCUAAAUCUGCAGGACUCAUGAAGACACAUUAGCAUGUUGAAGCUAUGCAGACGCCGAUCAGAGGCAGGACUGUUCUCAGUCAGAGCUGGGUCAGCUGUAUCCAGAUAUGAAGCCAUAUUAUUUACAGUAGUUGAAGGUUCAGGACUGUUUUUGGCAACGGCGCUCGGUUUUUAAGACGUUCCCGGGGGAACCAAAGAGAAAGAGACACAAAUACUGAAGACCCAGAGAGAAGGAACAUUGUACCUUUUGUACUGAUAUCUUUUUGUUAUGUGUUUCUAUAUAUUUUUUAAGUUCUCGUUUCAUUGUGUAAAAAGUUAUUUAUGUGUUGACGAUGUGUUGUAAAUGUAUUUUAUUAUAAACACCCUGCUUCCUGUUGCUAAUAAGAUGUUAAGUGGCCUGUGUGUUUGGCCAUUUUUUUAUGAAUACAGUACAUAUUUUAAGUGAA